CGGCUGCAGCAAGCAGGGUACACAAGUGGCCUGAGCGAGCUGCGGGUGGGCGGCUGGGCCAUGAACCUUGGAGAUGGUUUAAAGCUUGAAACUGAAUUAUUGGAUGGAAAAACCAAGCUAAUACUGUCUCCAUAUGAGCAUAAAUCAAAAGUUUCUGUGAAGAUGGGAAAUAAGAUCAAGAUUGCAAAAUGUCCUUUAAGAACAAAACAGACUGGACAUACUUUAAAAUCAACACAAAAUACUUAUGUUGGGAGUGAAAACCUUUCUCAAAAGAAGAUCUCGACUUCAGACACUAUGCAAGCAAAACCUGAAAACGGUAGAUUGACAUUUUCACCCAAUACGGAUUUCUGUAAACAGUAUUCAGAAAAAGAUGGUCUCCGUGUUCAAAAGGAGAUUUCACCUAGAACCUCUACUAUACGGAAGAUUAUAAAUAGUACAGAUACUUGUCCAGUCGGUAAACAGAAGCCUUGCAAAAAACACACCACAGCAGAAACCAUGAACGGUGGUGUGGUGUGUCUCACACAAGACCAGCUCCGGCAGAUUCUGAUGCUGAGUGUGAACCAGGGAGAUGGAUCUGCAUCCCUCACUGGAAACCGGGAGGAGGAAGCAAGUCAAGAUAGUUUACAUUUAAUCAAUAUUCCUAGUGAGCCAAAGGAUGUGAAUGUCACAGGAUUACUGCAGAAAACGGAGGCCGCUUCCCCUGUCUCAAGUGAAAGUGAGCAUGUCCCCGGGAGAGCUCAAGAGGCAUUUCAGAAAGCUGCCAUAGAGAAUGAAUGGAAACCAGCUGACAUAUUCAGUACUCUGGGGGAAAGGGAACGUGAUAGAAGUUUGUUGGAAGCAAGAAGAGCCCAGUGGAAAAAAGAGCUAGAUGAACAGGUUGCUUUAAAGAAGAAAGAAAAAGAAGCUUCUCAAAAAUGGAAUGAUUCUUGGAAACCAUCUGAGAAGUUUCAAGUUCUUGACCAAUCUAAGGAAGCAGGGCUGCUGGAGUCCCCUUGCAGCACCAUGAAACAGGAGCAGCAGAGAAAAUGGAUUGAAGAAUUGAAUAAACAAGUAGAAGAUGACCAGCAAAGAAAAGCAGAGGAAAGAAUGAUAUAUUCAAAGGGUGAAGAACAUGACAGAUGGGCAAUGCAUUUUGAUUCAUUAAAGAGCCAUCCUGGUUCUCAGUCUCGACUGUCCUCUCAGUUAACACACCAACACCUUGAGUCGCUUUGUGUGUCUCCUGACACUCAGGACCUGGCUGAUGUCAAUGGUGCUUAUACACCUCUGCCUGGAGUCCAGGUGGAGCCUUCAGAGAAAGAACAAAGAGCCAGACCCGUUAUAGAUAUGGCAGUGUCACAUGGUCAGAAAACAAACUUUCUCCGCUCUAUGACUGCCCUCUUGGAUCCAGCACAGAUUGAGGAGCGGGAAAGACGCCGACAAAAACAAUUAGAACAUCAGAAAGCAAUCACGGCUCAGGUAGAGGAGAACCGCAGGAAAAAACGGCUGGAGGAAGAACAAAGAAAGAAGGAGGAGCAGGAAGAAGAGCUGCGCUUGGCAAGGGAACGGGAGGAGAUGCAGAGGCAGUAUGAAGAGGACAUUCUUAAGCAGAAACAGAAAGAAGAAAUAAUGACUCUAAAGACAAAUGAGCUAUUCCACACAAUGCAGCGAGCUCAGGAGUUGGCACAGAGGCUCAAACAGGAGCAGAGGAUCCGAGAACUGACUCAGAAGGGACAUGAUGCAUCCAGGCUGAUUCAAAAUCUUGGUGCACAAGUGAAGUAUAAGGCACCCACUACCGUCUCCAGUUCCCAUGGUGACACUGAGGAGGCUGCUGUUGAAACAUGCAUAGCUGCCGCUUCCACAACCUCUCCCAAGACAGACACCGGCGUGCAGACAGAUGAUGUAAAUUUAGGAAUUUUCAAUGAUGUACUACCACACUGUGGAUCGGUAACUGGAUCUGUAACAGAGAGGGGCCUUAGAGACUUUUCUUCUCCAGAGAUUUCUACAGAAUUCAGUGGACAGAUUGGCAUUAGAAAAGAGAAGCAAGAACUAAGUAUGAAUAAAGGCACUAAUUUAGACAAAGAAAAUAGCUGGUAUAAUGACCAGUAUAGUCAGUAUAGAAGAACAGAGAAACAAACAAAACUCAUGAAGAAAUGUCCCAAGAAGCCUGCUUGGAAUAUAAAUAAGCCACUCAAAAGGUAUGUUCCUGCAUCAGCAAAGUACCCUGCACAUCUCCAGAAGGAGAAAGAAGAAAAAAAGGUAAGAAGGCAGAUGGAGCUGCUUCACUUAAUGGAGAGAAACAAUCCUGAGAAUCUCUCCCAAGAUAGAGGCACUUCACCAGAAAUUCUUGCUUCAUCUCAUCGAGAAACUGAGUCAGAGAGCAGGUUGCAUCUUAUCAAAAAGGUUGAAGAACCUCUGAAAACUCCUUCAGUUAGUAAAGAAAGGUUUCAGACAUCACCAGCAGUAAAAAGCAGAACUCAACAAACUCAGAGUAAUGCAUUAAACUUACUGCUAAAAAAUAGUGACUAUGAAAAACAAACUCUGACCUUAGGAGAUGGUCAUACUAAAUUAUCAGAGGAGAUGUCUGAACCAUUCCAUUUUAUUCCCUACGUUCGAACAAAUGAGAUCUAUUACCUUGAUCCAGAUGCACCACUGUCUAGGCCUUCAACCCAGGACAACCAAUACCACAAAUCUCAUGAUUGUGCCCAAGAACAAGAGCUAUUUGACUCUGACCAUAUCAGGGAUCCACUUCUUAAUCCUAAAUUGGUGAAAAACAGGGACCGACAGCAAGCUAUUCUUAAGGGGCUUUCAGAACUGAGACAGGGUCUUCUCCAGAAACAAAAGGAGUUGGAAACGAAUCUCAUACCCUUAACUGCAAACCAAGAAGAUAAUUUUAGUUCUUCAUUUUAAAUAUGCUCACCAUGCAACAGGAUUUUUCAAGCACCCAAUGAAAGACUUCACAUUAUGUAGUGAAAUGAUGUGUUUUCUAAAUACAAUAAAAAAAAGUUUAUAGUU